ACCUACUUCCUCCCCUGGUGUUUCUGCUGUGGUCUCAGCAAACAAUGGGUUUCCAUGCGUCGUCGACGGCAGUGACCAAUUCUCACAUCGGCGACCUCUUAAAGUCUGCUGCAAGGGUCCCGGACAAUAAAUUUGAUACCAUCUCGGUUGACGUCAAUGGCAUUAAAAAGAGCGUCGACAUUUUGAAGAAAGACACAAACAAUAACAAGAAUGCAAUGGGUGAUGUUAGGAAGAUGAUGAGCAAGGAUUUGUCUGCCGUCGUUGACGGUGUCAUGAAAACAAAGACUGGUAUGAGAGACGUCAAGGAAGACGUCUCGAAAAUUCAAAAAGAGAUGCAUUUGGGAAUGAAGAACAUGGCUGUUCUCGAGAAUGAAGUCAUGGAUAUAAAGAAAGAAUUUACUACCGUCAAUGAAGACAUCGCUGAAAUAAAGAAAGUAUUGACGUCCAUGCUGAGUGACGUCACUCAAAUGCAGACAGGCAUGAAUGACGUCAUGAUACUGAAGCCAAAGAUGACGACAAUCACAGCAGACGUCGCAGCACUGACGGAAGACAUAACGGCAGUUUUGAGAGACGUACAUGUUCUGAAGGCACAGGACGAAUCUCAAGACGCUCGUGACGCCAACCUCACAUCUGAGAUAAGUGACCUCAAGUCAAAGAUGGAACGAGAUAUGUCUACUCUCCAUCAUCUGUUUUCUUCCUCGAACCAGUCAGCCGUCUGCCCCAAACCUCCCCAAGUAGACAACGCUGAUGUCGCUGUCAGCGAAGUUGGAAGUUCUGUAGAGUAUACAUGCAAGUCGUCGUUCACAUUGUGUGGAACGGCAAAAGUAGGGUGCUUCACUUCUGGGCGGUGGGAGGACACCCGAUUCACCUGUGAGCAAAGCCAGUGGAACAAGUUGGGAGGCCCUAAGAAUGUGCCUGUUCCGAGUUGCUUCAAGACAGGGAAGAUCAACAUAGCUGGGACACCAACAGAAAACACGGGUAUGGAAGUUGCGCUGAGCAGAGCAAAUGGCGAUCUCAUCUUCUACCACCAUAUCCGCAUCAACACUGUCUUUGGCAUUCGCAUGAACUGCUUCAACACCUUCACCAGCGGGGUGUGGGAAGGGCAGAUGACGAACAACUACUUUCCGUGGGUUAAGGAUGUCCCGUUCCAGUAUCUGCUGGAGGUGACACCAUCCUCGUUUGAGGUGUCAGUAGAUGGCAAGCACAUGCUAUCUUUUCCUCCAUGUAUUCUUGUUCCAGGUGUCAUUAGAUGGCCGGCACAUGCUAUCUAUUCCUCCAUGUAUUCUUGUUCUAAGUGUCAGUAGAUGGCAAGCACAUGCUAUCUAUUCCUCCAUGUGUUCUUGUUCCAGGUGUCAGUAGAUGGCAAGCACAUGCUAUCUAUUCCUCCAUGUAUUCUUGUUCCAGGUGUCAGUAGAUGGCCGGCACAUGCUAUCUAUUCCUCCAUGUGUUCUUGUUCCAGGUUUCAGUAGAUGGCCGGCACAUGUUAUCUAUUCCUCCACGUAUUCUUGUUCCAGGUGUCAGUAGAUGGGCAGCACAUGGUAUCUAUUCCUCCAUGUGUUCUUGUUCAAGGUGUCAGUAGAUGGCAAGCAUAUGGUAUCUAUUCCUCCAUCUGUUCUUGUCCCAGGUGUCAGUAGAUGGCCGGCACACGCUAUC